AUGGAAUCCCAUAACCAAACAGCCAUUUCACAAUUCCUACUCCCUGGACUUUCAGAUGACCCAGCACUGCAGCCAGUGAUCUUCAGCCUGUUCCUGUUCCUGUGCCUGGUCACCAUCCUGGGAAAUCUGCUCAUCAUACUGAUGGUCAGCUCUGACCCCCCCCUCCACACUCCCAUGUACUUCUUUCUUUGCAAUCUCUCCUUUCACGAUAUCUGUUUGAGCACUUGCACAAUCCCCAGGAUGCUGGUGAAACUUCAAACACAGGAUCAGAGCCUCACUUACACAGGCUGCCUCUCCCAUGUUGCCUUUGUCAUAGUAUUUGCAUUUGUGGAAAAUUUACUCCUUGAAGUGGUGAAGUAUGACCUCUAUGUGGCCAUUUGUCAACCCCUCAUGUACACAUUCAUCAUGAAUCGCAGCCUCUGUGUCCUGCUGUUUCUCUCCUGUCUUCUCAUUAGCAUCACAGUUGCCCUGUUUCAUACUCUGAUGGUGCUGCGUCUGUCCUUCUGCACAAAUCUGGAAAUUCCCAACUCCUUCUGUGAACUUGCUCAAGUUAUAAAGUUCUUCUGUUCUGAUACCAUCAUUGAUAACACCAUGGUAUAUGUUUCAACUUCCAUAUUUGGUGGUGUCCCCUUCUCUGGGAUCACCUUCUCUUACAUUCACAUUGUGUCCUCUGUCUUGAGAAUGUCCUCAUCAGAAGGGAAGCAUAAACCCUUUUCCACCUGUGGGUCUCACCUGUCUGUGGUCUCCUUGUUCUAUAGGACAGGAUGUGUGGUGUACAUUAGUUCUGCCAUGUCUUAUUCUUUAGGGAAGACUGCCGUGACUUCAGUGAUGUACUCUGUGUUUCCUCAAAUGCUGAACCCCUUUAUCUACAGUCUCAGAAACAGGGACAUGAAAGAAUCCUUGAAUAAUCUCAUCAGCAGGACAGCAUCAAUUGUAUGUUUCAAUUACUCUGAACUUGGGUUUCUAGAGAAAGUCAAAGUGACAGGAUCCCUGAUGAACCAGCGUGGUUGGACCUUGUCAAUACAUUCUCCAAAAUGA